UAAAUAGAGGUAGAUUAGGCAGCAGCACUCAUCUCAGGACUCGGGAGGCAGGGGUUUCCAGUUGUGCCACCAAGAUGAACAACGGGAGCAGCUCUUAUGCUUCUGGUCCUAGGACUACGACUAGGAGGUCUCUUGAGUAUGGGAGAACCUAUGUGGUCAGACCGAAGGGAAGGCACCAGGCCACCAUCGUGUGGCUUCAUGGUCUUGGUGAUAAUGGAGCAAGCGGCUCCCGGCUCUUGGAAACUCUUCCUCUUCCGAAUAUUAAAUGGAUAUGCCCCACUGCUCCUACCCGACCUGUGGCAGCUUUCGGUGGAUUCCCGUGCACUGCCUGGUUUGACGUUGGAGAACUUCCAGAGGAUGGUCCUGGUGAUGUUGAAGGAAUGGAUGUUUCAGCUGCACAUGUUGCAAACCUCCUGUCAACUGAGCCUGCUGAUGUAAAACUCGGGAUCGGUGGAUUUAGCAUGGGUUCUGCGAUUGCCCUGUACUCUGCCUCUUGCUACGCUUAUGGUAGAUAUGGAAACAGUAAUCUGUAUCCAGUCAACCUAAGUGCAGUCAUUGGUCUAAGUGGCUGGCUUCCGUGUGCUAGGACCUUGAAGUACAGGGUGGAAAGUUCACCAGAUGCUGCAAGACGGGCUGCCUCCUUGCCUCUUCUGGUCUGUCAUGGAAGAGGGGAUGAUGUGGUCCUUUAUAAACAUGGGGAAAGAUCUGCUGAGGUUUUAAGAUCAUCUGGAUUUCGAAAUUUAACGUUCAAAACUUACAACGGGCUUGGCCACUACACGGUCCCUGAAGAAAUGGAUGAUGUUUGCAGGUGGCUUACUGAAAGAUUGGGGCUCGAUAGGUCCCGCUCAUAACUAGGGAGCUUCAGUAGGACUUUGAUAACACCACAAAAUGGGGGAAAGAACUAUCUAAUAACUACAAUGAAUAGACAAAUAUAUAUAUACACACACAAACACAGACAUAUUCACAAGUUUGUUUCUUCGGCUGGUUGGCUUGGCAUUAAUGUCUCUAGACAUUUAUAGUAAUAUCACUCUUUCAGAUGUUAGUGGUAUGGAUAUGGAUUUUACCUGUGUGUUAUCUAAUUGUUAAGUGACUAUUUCUCUAUGACAUGAAAGAUUUUGAAAAUACUUCCUGGUGGUUGAGGCUCGCCGGCAAUGGUACUAUUUCUAUGUUGUUAAUGUUAAUCAACAUUGAUCCCAUGCAAACUGCAGUAUUAUAUAUGGUUGAGCUCAUCGAAUAUGCCACGACGUGAUCGCAUCAUCGAGAAUUAUUUUAUGGUUUAAAUAGAUUGGAUAUGUGCAUGCUCAAGACUGGAUUGAAUGCAUAGUCUCUGUUUUGGAGAGCUAGUGAUGCUCUGAUGCAUGAGGAUACUGAAUCGUUUGUGUAAGCACUAGAGGAUCGAGCAUCCAAAUAUUAGUACAGGAUGCUCAUAGUGCCUUCUAUCCUCAAUUCUAUCUGAUGAUGAGUGCAGCAAGGGUGAUAAACAAGCUCAUAUGCAUAUACAAAUUGGAGAAUAAAAGAGACCGUGUUCAAUCUGAAGUCCUAGGACAAACUCUGCCGCGUUAAAUAAGCAAGUUGGAUGAGCAUCUUCAACUGCUUCCCCUGAAUGUUUUUGUGUGAUGGAGAUAAUAGUCACUCUUGUUUGGGUGAGUUUGUUUUCGCGGCCUCAAUAGACGAAGAAGAAUCCUUCAGACUCUCAUAAUCGUGUUCAAGAUUGCUGGGCAGUCCAGAUUUUGAAUCCGGCUCUAAUUCAUUAAUAAUGCUUUCACCAGGGAGAGGAAACGAAUUAACUGACAAGCAAUCACUUCCUUGAAAUAGAUUCAGCUGUAAAAGCUCGCGCAAUUUGACGCAGUAUUUGACGCAGGACUGAAUACGAUUUGCCAGAAAAGUUAUCGCGGUGCGGUAAGAAUGAACCAAAAUUCUCUGCAUCAUGACUGCCUGAUGCCUGAUAAUUGGAGGUGAAAGUUGGAGUUUCUGUCCUGUUUUUGCAAAACUAGUUCUGCUUAUUGAACCAAAUGGAGAGUUCCGGAAUCCACAUAAGAUGAUAAAAUAGAUGGACCAGAUGAAGCUGAUGAAGCAGGCACGUUUCAAUUGCAUACAUACAUAUAUAUUGUUGCACCCCCGAUCCGAGAUCACAAACUGGGGGUUGCGUCAACUGCCGUAUGCUCAUAG